AUGUCUGCGUUGGCUGAUUCCCCACCAACCAUGCGUUCGCCCUCAUAUCAAGACACACCGCGUCGACCUGUCUCGCCCUCGAACAAACGGCAUCUCACUAUUCUGCCUCGGUCCUUGAGCUCUAACUCCCUCGUUUCUGUGGGAGCCGUAUCCCCAACAAAUGUGACAGCUAUGGAUCGAUUGUCUUGGACGCGACCGUCACCCGAACUUGACGCGUUCGACAACGCGUCAAAUCGCGACAUGUGUUCGGCUAGCGCAUCCUCGCUCUCUUUGCAUUUGACCUCGGAGGGGCUUCAGUACUGUGUCGAUCCCGAUGAUCUCCCAUUUGCUGCCAGCGAUGGCUUAUCUCUCAAUGACGGAUUUAGUGCCAUUCCUUGUACUAUGGGCGUUAGAUCGAGGAUUGACCUCCUUUCAUUGAUGGCUGAAGAGGACGAACUUUUUGCACUGCCUCCUCUAGAAAGCCCAAGUCUCCAGGAAUCGUAUUACUCUUCAUCUUCUACCUGGUACAACGAACAUUUCGAGAUAGACCCCAGAACGUCACCGCGCCAACCCACUGAGUCAUGGACGUCACAAUUUGUCGAUGCCUUACCUAUAUAUCAAGGCUCUCCUCAUUCAGUCAUCUCCUCCGUACCUUAUGACAAUCCAAACGACGAUCAGCACGAGCUACCCCGCUCUCCAUCAGUACUCUCCUUGCUCGACGCCGAAUUCCACGUGGGCGAUCGCAGCGAUGGCCAAAGUCCCCAAUUUUUUAGAGGUUUGGGGGAAGAGGAUGACUAUCUCGAUGCCAUCGAACCACUCAGUGCGGCAGCGGAAAUGUUUUUCGAAUAUCCUGAGUAUCCACUGCCAACAGAAGAAUCGUAUCCGUCAUCACCUCUUCCUUCACCCCUCUCCCCACUAGCCCCAAGCGAUGCCAUCGCCGACGUGGAUGACACGGAUGUAAACAUCACCGUGGCGUUCAGCGCUAACGACUUGGUAGGAACGCAUCCCGUGUCCACGUCGCGCAUAUCCUCGGCUCGAAACAUGUCGAUACGAACUCAAACUCGCGUCGAGGAUCGCACAGCUGAGAGCGAAAAGAGCGCAAUCCGAACAUUCUCACAGAAACUAUCUCAAUUGUUAAGAGGAAAAAUGAUUGCUAGUGGUUUAGGUGCACGAUCAUCGAAAAGGAGAGACCGAGCCACGACCCUCACAUCACUGCGUUGCUGUGAUUCGCCCAAUUUGGCUAUCCAGACUGCUACCGCACCAUCAGGACAGCUGGUCGUACGGAGAAAGUACACACUAUCUAUCGAAGUGGAAGUUGACGUUCCAACAAAGCCCAGCUCGACUACAAUCUCAAUAGAGGAAGGUGACUGUCAUGAUACCCCCCCAUUCUCUCCACUCCCCCCGAUACCUGCUUCCCCACUUCUUCCACCCCAGCCUCUCACAUCUGAAUCGAUGCCCACCCGCGAAAGCGUUGAUACCACCCGAACAUCAGGUACAAUGGUUCAUUUUAUUGACGGAUGUAAGGCUAAAUCCGAUGGACCCUUGGAAAAAUUCUUUCGACGCAUGAAACGCCGAACUUGGAGUGGCCAAGGGUCUAGUCUCAAUGCCAGUGUCAGUGCCUCCAUGGCGAUGGGUCGUGAUGAGAACGGACGGGGACGCGGGGCUAGUCUUGCUUUGGAUGAGAUGACAGAGACGGAGAUGGAAGAGCUGCGAAGACAGAUGAGGAGGUAUUCUACAUGA